AACUGUCAUGGAAAUUUAAUUGUGAAUUUAGCAUCUUGGUUUUACAACUGUAUCAUUUACGAUAAAGAACAGUGUACAACGAAACACUGCAGUGCACCGGUCUGUCAUCAAUGGAUAUUGACGCGCAAAUGCACAAUAGGCUACCUAUGUGACUGAAACCGCUACGCGUGAUUUCUUUAUAAAAUAACGUAAGCAUCGGUUGAAUAUCCGCACCAGUGAUUCAGUGGAUGACACUAGUUUUUCAAACGCAAUUACAAUAUGUUCUGCCGUAGAAAACGUUUUGUAACCGCUCCGUGUGUCAGAGCGGAUUUGAGUCUAAACAAAUGACUGGUAGAUUGUGGGUUAACGGGCCGAGCUUUCCAGACGGGGCGGGGCCAUUUGCUGCGAUGGAUUUGAUUGGCUGCCAGUCACAGUUACACGGAUUCGGGGUGAGUUCAGUUUGCGUGACGCACGAGGAGGGGCGUGUCAUUGGCGAAAUCAGCUGUAGUAACAAUAACACACCAACGAACGCCCCAAAAUGAGAGCUUACCUAUAAAUGUCAGUAAUUUCUGGAAAAGAGGUAUCAUUGAGAGAGCGAGAGAUAGAUGUAGCACACUUAACGGUUGAGGUUCUUCACUGCAUUCUGCAAACUUGUUUCAGGGGAUCUCUUUUAGCUCUGCAGGGAAGGCGAGUGUGAAGAUGCUGCCUUUGUGUCAGCCGUGACACGCCAGUGAGUUGAACACAAAACAGUCGCGAGUUUUCCAGAGACGUCUCAGUCAUUUAACGGUUUUAUUUGAUCUCCUGCACCCGGUUUAACGGGAGCCGGGAAGGAACCACGCGAGGACUGGCAUGUGGGUCAAUUCUGAAAGCGUCGGAAGGGCCCUCUCCAUGGAUAUAGACACAGAUUAUGAGCGACCUAAUGUGGAGACCAUAAAGUGUGUGGUGGUGGGUGAUAACGCGGUGGGCAAGACCCGACUGAUCUGUGCCCGUGCCUGCAAUGCCACCCUUACUCAGUACCAGCUGCUUGCCACCCACGUGCCAACUGUCUGGGCCAUCGACCAAUACCGUGUGUGCCAGGAGGUGCUAGAGAGGUCACGAGAUGUGGUGGAUGAGGUCAGUGUCUCUCUCAGGCUGUGGGACACAUUUGGAGAUCAUCACAAAGAUAGACGCUUCGCUUAUGGCAGAUCAGAUGUGGUAGUGCUGUGCUUCUCUUUGGCCAAUCCAAACUCCCUGCGCCAUGUUCGCACCAUGUGGUUCCCUGAGAUUAAGCACUUCUGCCCCCGCACACCGAUCAUCCUGGUGGGCUGCCAGCUGGACCUCCGCUAUGCUGAUCUGGACGCUGUUAACAGGGCUCGCCGGCCUCUGGCCAAACCCAUCAAACCCACAGAUAUUCUUCCCCCAGAACGAGGCCAUGAGGUCGCUAAGGAACUUGGCAUUCCAUACUAUGAAACAAGCAUCGUUGCUCAGUUCGGUGUAAAGGAUGUGUUUGACAAUGCUAUCCGAGCUGCGCUCAUCUCUCGACGCCACCUUCAGUUUUGGAAGUCCCAUCUGAAGAAGGUUCAGCGUCCCCUCCUCCAGGCCCCCUUUCUUCCUCCCAGACCACCACGACCAGUCGUGGGCAUCCCUGAUCCUCCUCCAAUUGAUGGAGAAGAUCCGGACUCUCUUUUCUGCCAACCGUUGUGUGGAGACGUCCUGUUUCUCCUCCAGGCCGGGGCCACUCGUGUCUUUGCCCACAAGGUGUACCUGGCAACUUCCUGCUCAAAGUUCUAUGACCUUUUCACUAUGGAUCUUGGAGUGGCAGGGAUGGAGCAGGAGGGUGAGGAGAGCUCAGAGGGGAGCGAGGAAGAGGAACAAAGCCGAAGAGGAGCCAAAGAGCAGGCGGGGCGUACCAAGAGCCUGGACAUUGAUAAGGAGGGUGAAGGAGGCACUAGGGGUUCAGAUAGCCUGCUCAUGUUGCAGCAAGGCUCAUUGAGGACUUCCCAGAGCGAUAACGCUCUGCCUGCCAGGGACCAGCACUCUAUAGGACCUCUGGGAGCAGGCCGUGCUCUUUUGGGAUGGGGGCGUGGUUUCUUGGGGGUGUACCUGGAGAUGGUGGAUGACCCUGUGACAGGUUGUCCGAGACUCAUGACAGUAGUGUCAAUGGAUGAUCUCAUUCAGAAAGGGCCUUUCCAGGCAGUGCUGCAGUACCUUUAUACGGGUCACCUGGAUGAGACACGUGGGGAUCUGAUGCAGGUGGCCACCAUCGCUGAGCUUCUGGAGGUCUUCGACCUUCGUAUGAUGGUGGCCAACGUCCUGAACCGUGAGAGCUUCAUGAACCAAGAGAUCACCAAAGCCUUCCAUGUGCGUCGUGCCAACCGCAUCAAAGAGUGCCUGAGCAAGGGCACCUUUGCUGAUGUGGUGUUUCGAUUGGAUGACGGAUAUCUGCCAGCCCAUAAGCCACUGCUCAUCUCAAGCUGUGAUUGGAUGGCAGCCAUGUUUCGUGGAUCCUUCAUGGAGAGUUACAUUGAGGAGGUCUCUAUCCCCAACACCAGUUGUGCCUGCAUGAGAGCUGUUCUGGAGUUUCUGUACUGUGGUGUGUUAACACCUUGUCCUGAACUGGAGCCAAUGGACCUUAUAAUACUAGCCAACCGCCUCUGUCUUCCCCACCUUGUAGCUCUAACAGAGCAACAUGCCGUUGAGGAGCUGUUGCAGUUGUCCGUUAAAGGGGUGGACAUUGAUGGGCAUGUGCUGGCCUAUCUGGAGAUGGCUCAGUUCCACAAUGCCAAACAGCUCUCGGCCUGGUGUCUGCAUCACAUCUGCACAAACUACAAUAGCGUUUGUCGAAAAUUCCCUAAAGAUAUGAAGACUAUGUCUCCUGAAAACCAGACACACUUUGAGAAGCAUCGCUGGCCCCCUGUCUGGUUCCUGAAGGAGGAAGACCGCUACCUCCGUUCUCAAAAAGAGCGAGAGCGUGAGGAGGAGAUCUUACGCAAGCAGCACACCAAACGGGGGUGGUGUUUCUGGAGACAUCCAUCCUCCUCUGCACCCCACAUUUCCUGAGGGUCUGUGUCCAUCCAUCCAUUCAAACCCCCUGUACCCCUCUCCCUCAUCUCAGCCCAGAGGCAUGUAGCCAAGCCUGGGGAGCCCUGUUUCUGUGCAUCCAUCCCGACUGCUGGAAGCGAGUCUGGGUUUUCUUUGCCUCCGAACUUUAUCCUUCCCUCCCGCGUUGGCUCUUAGCAGGCUGCCCGCCACGAGAGCUCAAAGCGUAUGUGUCAUUAAAUGGGAGACGGCUUGGAGAAAGUCUCAAAUCUUUCUCACUAUCGAUGUUACAUGUUCUACUGUGCGAAUGCAUUAGGUCUCGCCGCAGCAUCACAUAGGGAACGCCAUCAUUGCAGUGACCUGCUUUCGCCUCUUAAGACUGUUAUUAUUAUACAAGACCACACACGCACUCACACCAGCACCCCGUCUGAGCGCUGGCGCCCAGGCACACGGAUGCUGCAUAGUGCUGCUGUGUUGAGCUUUUCUCUGUGAGACCUAUUUCUGGGAAAACCGUCAUGUUCAUUGCCUAUAAGCUGAAACAUAGCUUAGCUUUGAAUACAACUAGCAACAAAAAUGGCGGCAGGG